CGUCACGGAAAAGCACGGGAGGCGCCGCCGGAGCCGGCCCCGCGGUCGCGCCCUCUCGCCGUGCUUCCCUCCCUUUUCCAUCCAUCCUUGCUCGCAAUCCAACCCCAGUUCCCUUCCCUCCGAUUCCUGGGCGCUUUUCCUUUAUUAUUCCCUCCUCGCGUCCCGUCCGGCUCCCCCCGCACCAGUACACUCCACUCCUCCUCGCCGCCCUUGUAGGUGCAGCUGCAGGCGGAGUCGCAUUCCGGGUAGGCCGCCCCCAGGUUCCCAAAUUCCCCUUCCCCCACCAUCACCACGAGCAAAAACACUAGUAGAGCUCAGCAACGAAGCAAGUGACACACCGAGGGCGAACCGGUGGCAGCAUGUCGGCGCCGACCUCUCCGCUUGCCAACGGGACGGCCCCGCCGCCUGCAACACCAUCAGCGGCGCCGCCCCCGUCCAACUCGUCCUCCCCGUCACCCCCGGCGGGGACGCCCCCUCCCGCGACGCCUUCCGCGCCGCCACCAAGGGGUUCUGGCACCCCAGCGACCCCCUCCACCCCGCCUCCCGCGCCACCGGGCACUCCCUCCGCGCCCUCUCCGCCGUCCGAAAGGGGGACGCCGCCGGCCUCGCCCUCGUCGUCCACCUCGGGCCUGUCGACGCCGGUGGUGGCGGGGAUCGCAGUGGGCGGGCUGGUUGUGCUGCUGCUCGGCAGCCUACUCUGCGUCUGCUUAUUCAAGAGGAAGAAGACGAUCCACCACCACCACCCGCCCCCGCCGCCCCCGCCCCACCUCCUGCACUACUACGGCCACCCGCCGCCGCCGUCGCCUCCACCGCCUCCGUACAAAGGGGAUCGGUAUGGUGGGCCGUACCAAAAUUGGCAGCAUAAUGCCCCUCCACCACCACCACCACCACCACCUGAUCAUAUGGUCAAGAUGCAUUCACAUCCUCCACCUCCUCCCCCGCUUAAUGUACAUAGUAGUGAUUGCGCUUCAAAUUACUCCGGUGGUGAGAGCCACCCUCCACUGUCGCCUGGCACUGCCCUUAGCUUUUCAAGAAGCACAUUUACUUACGAGCAGUUGAUGGUGGCAACCGAUGGAUUUUCUGAUGCUAAUCUGCUCGGACAAGGUGGUUUUGGGUAUGUUCAUAAAGGAGUGCUACCAAAUGGCACAGAGGUUGCCGUUAAGCAAUUAAGAGAUGGAAGUGGUCAGGGAGAGCGUGAGUUCCAGGCAGAGGUUGAGAUUAUCAGCAGAGUACAUCACAAACAUCUUGUAUCUUUGGUCGGUUAUUGCAUUUCUGGAGGCAAUAGGCUGCUCGUUUAUGAGUUUGUUCCAAACAAUACAUUGGAAUUCCACUUACAUGGAAGAGGCCGACCAACCAUGGAUUGGCCGACAAGACUAAGAAUUGCUUUGGGUUCUGCGAAGGGAUUGGCGUAUCUUCAUGAAGACUGCCAUCCUAAGAUCAUUCAUCGUGACAUAAAGGCCUCAAAUAUUCUUCUUGAUUUGAGAUGUGAAGCUAAGGUGGCAGAUUUUGGACUUGCAAAGUUCACUUCUGAUACUAACACCCAUGUUUCAACCAGAAUAAUGGGAACAUUUGGGUACCUUGCACCUGAGUAUGCAUCUUCUGGCAAGCUUACUGAGAAAUCGGAUGUCUUCUCUUUUGGUGUAAUGCUUCUUGAGCUAAUAACUGGGCGUCGUCCUGUAAGUUCAAAACAAUCGCAUAUGGAUGACUGCUUGGUUGACUGGGCAAGGCCUUUAAUGACACGAGCAUUUGAGGAUGGUAAUCAUGAUGCUUUAGUGGAUCCCCGGCUGGGAAAUGAGUACAAUAAUAAUGAGAUGGAAAGAAUGAUAGCUUGUGCGGCUGCAUGUGUCCGCCAUUCUGCACGCCGGCGGCCACGCAUGAGUCAGGUUGUUCGGGCCUUGGAGGGCGAUGUGUCUUUGGAUGAUCUGAACGAAGGCGUGCGGCCCGGUCACAGCCGGUUCAUGGGAUCAUACAGCAGCUCCAAAUACGACACGGGCCAGUACAACGAGGACCUGAAGAAGUUCAGGGAGAUGGCGUUCGGCAGCAGCGGCUUGCAGAGCAGCCAUCAGACGCCAACCAGCGAGGACGGCCAGAACCCGUCCGUGUCGAGCAGCGACGGCCACCAGACGCAGGAAAUGGAGAUGGAGAGCGUGAAGAAAGACGGCGACAGCGCAGGAGACAGCCACGCUUCGUGAGAUUGCAUCUUCCGCUUAGUUUCCGGACGUUUCAGCUACCGGAAACUUGUGAACUCAUUCACGACUCCACUGGGUGUAAGCAAAGCUUGUCGUGAGUUGAAGUAUAUAUAUCAAAAAGGCCUGUUGUGAGUUAGUCGCCUCUUGGGGGCUCAAAAGUCAAAACUGCUGUAUGACUGCACGAAUUGAGAUUAACAUGGGGUGAGUAGAGUGCGGAGCUUGUGGAGCAGAAACACACAAAGCAUGCCAUCCAGAUGGAUCCAGUUGCGUGAAAGUGUUAGCGCACCACUCCAUUGAUUCAAUAGACAUAGCACUCUUCGUCUCUUCGAGAUACAAUCUGAGAGCUGGAAUACAAGAAGAGAAGCAAGGAGCAUAAGGGCAGAAGAGCAGGAGUACAGAAGAAGCUUUAGAGAGAGGGUGAGGGGUACAGGAUUGGAGAAGAUCAGGGAGAAUUGAGAGGAAGUCCAAAGAAGGAAGAAGAACAGGAGCCGAGAGGGAAUCGGUUUGGUUCAUUUGAUCGAUGUCCCCUCUCGUUGGUUCCAAUUUUUUCGGAUGUCUCCGAAUAGACCCCUCUGGUUGGUGAUGCUCUGUAUUUGGAGUUUUUUUUUAUUAUAUUUUUUAACAUAAAAGUUUAUUUAAAUA